AUGCAUCCCAGCGCCCUCCUUGGCCUCCUGGCCUUUGCAGCUGCUGUGACUGCUGCUCCUCCCAAGCGUCACUCCAAUGCCCACUCGAGCGCUUCGGUCAAGAACCUGAAGAGCCAAAUUAAGAAUUUGGUCAUUCUAGAGAUGGAAAACCGCUCCCUGGACAAUCUCCUUGGUGGUCAGACUCUCAAGGGCCUCGAGAACCCUAUCAACAACGGCCCAUACUGCAACCCAUACAACCUGACCGACUCUUCUCAAGGCAAGGUCUGCAGUGCUGCCAAGGACUUUGAUUCUAUCCUGGAUGACCCGGAUCACUCAGUCACUGGCAACAACAUUGAGUUUUACGGAACUUUCAUCCCCGAUAAUGCUGCCAUUGCCAGUGGCAAGCUCACUCCUACCCAACAGGGUUUCGUGCACGAGCAGCUGCGCCGUUAUGGUGCUGAUGUGAACAAGACCUCGCUCGCCAAGCAGGUUUUGAACUACUACACCGAAGACGAGGUGCCUGUUUUGACUUCGCUGGUGCAGAACUAUCUGACCUUCAACCACUGGCACUCCGACCACCCCGGCCCCACCAACCCGAACCGGGCCUAUGUGCUCUCUGGUACUUCUGCCGGCCACGGCACGAACGACGACGCCUUCGACUCCGAUGUCCACGGCCUGACCCAGCGCUCUAUCUUCCAGCAGCUGUCCGAAACCAACCACACAUGGAAGAACUAUUACACCAACACCGGCAUGGUCGACGCCUUCUUCUUCGACUGGACCUUUACAUCGGGCAACACCGACAAAGCAGUGCCACUAUCCACCUUCUACUCUGACGCUAAAGCCGGCACCCUCCCUGAAUUCAGCUUCAUCGACCCAUCCUGCUGCGGCACCGGCACCAACUCAAUGCACCCAACCGGCCUAAUCUCCGACGGUGAAACAUUCAUCAAAAACGUAUACGAUGCGCUCCGCGCCUCUCCCCAGUGGAACCAGACACUCUUCAUCCUGACCUUCGACGAGACUGGCGGUUUCCACGACCACGUCCCCCCGCCCCUUGCUGCACGCCCGGAUAACUUGACGUACACCGAGACUGCGCCUAACGGCGAGAAGUACACUUUCUCGUUUAACCGUCUUGGUGGGCGUAUCCCUACUUUGUUGAUUUCGCCGUGGGUUGGUAAGGGUCUUGUCGAGCAGAAGGGUACCAACUCAGAUGGGCAGACUGUUUCGUACUCUGCUUCUUCUAUCCUGCGCACUCUAGGUUAUUUGUGGGACUUUGAGCCGUUUACGCCGCGUGUUGCUACCUCGGCUUCGUUUGAUCAUUUGAUUACGAAUGUCAAGCGUAGUGAUACUCCUGUGACGCUGCCCGAGCCCCAGUCUUUCAAAGUGAAGGCGUAA